CAUUAUUAGUAUGAAAAAAAUUGACAACAAACGACGCGACGACGCGCGCUAUUUUCGAAACUUAACAACAAUUUCCUUUGUUUAAACAAUAAGUCUAUUUGAGUGAUUGUAUAUAAAUAUAUUUUCCAAAAUGAGCAACAAAAGCACUCCAGUGCAGCAACGUAUUCAUCAAUUUCAAGCACGUGCGCGUGGUAGCUUCGGUGCCAGUGGCAGUGCCACCAAAACUCCUGCAACAGUUGCCGCUGGACUCAGACGCAAAGUGUUGACACGCACACCGAAACGCAGUGCCGAGAAGCCGGCAGCAGAUCAACUCCUAAAUACAGCCUUCAGCAGCGGCAUUGCAACACCGAAACCAAGGCCAACGGCACUAAAUGCCUGCUAUACGCCAUCCUCGCUCUAUCGCAAGACGACGCCGUGCCACAGCAGCAGCAGCAGCAUCAACAUUGGCAAUAGCCAUAAUAACGCCAAAAAAUCAGCGAGCAAGGCAAAGGAUAAAGAUGCCAUGACCGAGUCAUUUCACAGCGUUGCCGAGGAGAGCAACAUGAUUGUGGCUGUGCGCGUGCGCCCACUGAAUGCAGCCGAAUGCCAGCGCGCCAGCGUCACAAAUGUGGUCCAGGUGCAUGGCAACAAUGAACUGAGCGUUCAUGCGGGCAGCAGCGCGGAUGCCUCUGCUGGUUUCUCACAUUUCUUUAGCUACGAUCAGGUCUACUACUCGUGCGAUCCGGACCGCAAGAACUAUGCCGAUCAGCUGGCUGUCUUCGCGGGCACAGCUCAGCCCUUGAUCGACACCGCUUUCGAGGGCUACAAUGCCUGUCUGUUUGCCUACGGACAGACGGGCUCGGGCAAGUCCUACAGCAUGAUGGGCAUUGAGGGACUGGACGAUGCGGCGCUCGAUGGCAACGCGCCGCACGUGGAGGCCGGCAUCAUCCCGCGCUUCUGUCACGAGCUAUUCCGACGCAUUGAUGCAGUGAAGCAGCAGCUGCAGGUGGAGGUGGAGGUCAGCUACUUUGAGAUCUACAACGAGAAGAUUCAUGAUCUGUUGAGCGUUCAGCAAGCUAUGGCCGCACUGCCAGACACGCCCGUGCAGCGGCAGGCUCUCAAGGUGCGCGAGCAUCCCAUCUUUGGGCCAUAUGUCGUCGAUCUUAGUGCCCAUUCAGUGGACUCGUAUUCGGCCUUGCGCAAUUGGCUGGCUGUGGGCAAUUCGCAGCGUGCCACUGCCUCUACCGCCAUGAAUGACAAAAGCUCCCGCUCGCAUUCCAUAUUCAAUAUUGUGUUGAAUCUGACCGAUUUGAGCAGCGAUGGCAGUGAUGACAUGUCCUCCGACACAGACUCCGGCACCGUUGUCUCCCUCCGGCAAACGCGUCGCAGCAAAAUCAGUUUGGUCGAUUUGGCGGGCAGCGAACGCAUCAGUGUUUCGGGCUCGAAUGGCGAAAGGAUACGUGAAGGAGUUAGCAUCAACAAAAGUCUCUUGACGCUGGGCAAAGUGAUUGCGGCGCUGGCCGAUUCUCGCAAAGUGGGCGGCAAUGCCACGCCCAGCACAUUUGUCCCCUAUCGCGAGAGUGUGCUCACCUGGCUACUGCGGGAAAAUCUAGGCGGGAAUUCGAAGACCGUGAUGCUGGCCACCAUUUCACCGGCCAGCCUGCAUGCGGAUGAGACGCUAGCGACGCUGCGGUAUGCGUGCAAGGCGCGGUCCAUAGUGAAUCGGGUGAAGGUGAAUGAGUCGCCACAUGACAAGAUUAUCCGUGACCUGCGCGCCGAGGUGGAUCGCUUGAAGUCGCUGCGUAACGAGUAUGAGAGGCAACGACGGCUCUCGGCUAGCAAUAACAAUCCGCCGGCGCCGCGGAAAAUCAUAAUCGAGACGUCCGUCGAUGACAGUGAAGUGGAGGCACUGCGCCAGCAGCUGGCGGAGCGAGAGCGUGAGCUAAAUCGCGCCCAAAAAUCAUGGAUGGAAAAGCUGAAAGAGGCUGAGGAUCAGCGCAAAUCCGAGCUGCGACUGCUCAAGCGCAAAGGACUCGCACUAGAGCUAACGGCCGAACAGAAGCAAGCAUGUCUGGUGAAUCUCACCGAUGAUCCCAUGCUAAGUGGCACGCUCUUCUAUCUGUUGCCACCGGGCAUUGUUCGGAUAGGCCGCGGCCGUGCACCAGGUGCGCCGGCGAAUUCCCUGCCGGACAUCGUGCUGGACGGUCCGUUGGUGGCGCUGCAGCACUGCAGCAUUGAGCACGAUCGGUCGGGUCGGCUGUACGUGACUCCGGGCAGCGAGGACUUCGAGACCUAUGUGAAUGGCGAACUGCUGCAGCAGCGACGUCCGCUCUACCAUGGAGAUCGUCUGGUCAUUGGCGGCUCGCACUAUUUUCGCAUCUCGAAUCCGUUCUGCAGUCAGCGUGGCAAAGCGGAGCAGCUCCAUGUGGACUUUCAGUUGGCGCAUCAAGAGAUUCUGCAAAAGCAGGAGCAACAGCUGCGGGACGAACUGGAGGCGGAGAAACGGGCGGCCCUGACGCGCAUCGAACAGGAGCGAGAGCAGCAUGCGCGUGACUUUGAGGAGCGGCUUCAGUGCCUCGAACUGGAACAGUUCAAGUACAAGUGCAACAGCGAAAUGCUCGAAACCGAACGCCAAGCGUUGGCCCAGCAACAGCUGAAGCAGUCAACGCCCAGCUACGACCUGACGACGACUCCGGCGCAAAAGUCCACGCUGCUGGAAGACAUCCAGCGCAUCAUGUUGAAUCCCAGCGAGGAGAGUCUGCACAAGACGCAGCUAAUGGUGAAGGAGGCGACGCAACGCUGCCGCCAGUUGGGACUGCAGCACCUGGAGUUUCGGCAGACACAGACGCCGGAUGAAUUUGGACUGCUGCGCACUGUCAUCCUCAUUGUGGACAAGCAGCGUUCCUUGAAGGCGGAAUGGCCGAUUGGACGUCUGACCGUGUGGCUGGACAUGCAGCGGGAUGCGCCGCCCAGCUGUGAUGCAAGCAAUGUGUUCGACAGCGUUGAGAUUGAUUGGGAACCCAUGGAUGCGGCACUCAAUGAAACUCUCAAUGACACCCAGAAUUCCAGUCGCAUUGCCCUCAAUCUAAGUGCCAUGAAGGAUGCACUGCUCAAGCAGCCAUUCAAGCGUCUGCUCAGCGCUAAUAAUACGCCGCAACAGAGCUCCACCAACAGUUCACCCAGCAGCAAGCUGGCAAUGUAUACUAAGCGUCUGCUAACCUACGAUCUCGAGGAAGAGAUGCAACAGCACCAGCAACAGCAUCCGCAUCAGUUCCCGGCGAACAGCAGCUCCAAUUUGGCGCAGCUGGCGCAGCAUGAACUGCAGCUGAUGCAACGAUCGGCGCAGCGACUGCGUCGCCACUGUGAGCAGGCGCAACAGGAGCGCGAGAAUCAGUCAGAUGCCGGCUGCCAGGCUGAUCAGUUGCAGGAAGCGCUCAACCGGUUGGAUAGCGUGCUUCUGAGCAUGCACAGUUGCCUGGGAACGAUGCAGUCAACGGAUGUGAGUUCACCAACCAAAGCUCAAAAGGCUGUGCGUUUUCUAAUUGAUUGACGAUGUCAGUUAUAUAUUCAUUAUAUAGCCAUAUUUAUACCCAUACCUUAU